AGUCGGUUGUGUGAACUUGUGGUUGAAAUACUCUUAGUUUCUAUUUUAAUUAUUAUUAGAAUAAAUUUUAAAAACACAAUAUGUAUAAAUUAAAGUUAAUAUUAGUGGCUAUUUUGGCUAUUGUGGUUACUUUCCUACAAAGUAGUAGCCAAGCCACGUCUUUAGGUCAAAUUGAAAGUUUGAAAUCACAAUUCUUACCGAAAGAAUAUAGGAAUACAAAUUUUACAUUGGAUGACAUAAAAAAGGUCUAUCGCGAAAAAUGCAAGAAAGUAUCAGGUAUCGAUAACUCUACUCUCUACCAUGACAUUGAAAAGGGUGCAGCAUCUUUAUCCGCAUGCGUUUCCGGAUUUACAAAUUUCUCAGCAAUACAAGAGGAAAUCGCAAAGGCAACUCCUAUUGGAGAGUUGGACUCAGUUUUUCACAAUUAUUGCACAAAAAUACCAACCAUAAUGGAAUGUGUUCAAAAGUUCAAUCUAAAAGUACAGCCGUGUCUUAGUCCCGAAGAGAAGAACCAAAAUGCGGUUAUGAUGCGUGUAGCUAAAAGUUUGCUUAAAUUCAUGUGUGAUCGUGGAGGCGAUCAAAUUGCACUUUUCGUCGCUGAAGACGGACCUGAAUGUAUUGAAGCAAAUAAAGAAGCUAUAACAAAUUGCAUGAAUAAUUCAUUCUCUCAAUAUAUGCCAAAAGAUGGAAGUAUACCAGAUAUAAAUGAUUUACCAGAAUUAGUUUUUCAACCAAAACAAUGCGUUGAUCUUGAACGUUUCGAAAAGUGCACCAUACAUCAUCUGGAACAAUGUCAAGAGGUGACCCCAGCGAAUAUAGCUGAAUCGAUUUUCAAAUUCAUUAAAAAUGAAACCAGUUGUCAAUCAUGGAUCGAUGCAAAAGCAAAUGAACGUUCAGUACUCAGAGAUCCGAAAAGCAAUGGCACUCUAGAGCUAAGCUAUAAUUUACUUUAUAUACUCAUAUGCAGUCUUUGGAUUUUAGUACACAGAAGAUAUUUUUUAUAAAAAUUUAAAUAUAUUUUUAUAUGAAACUUAGUGUAAAUUAUUUAA